GCUUAAGUCGAAUAGCUAAAAUGUAUAUGGAAAACUUGAAUUAUUAUUAAUAUAAUAAUCUAGGAAAACAAAAGGAAUGCAAGAUGCUGUAUUUAUUGCCGCUAAAUAAAUUCUAACAGUUUGGUUUCAAGGCGGUUUCUACUUGGACGUCACACAUGUUCGAUUGAACUAAUAUAAACAACAUUUUAAACGUCGAUGGUUUCUUCUUGCUAAAGACGGCUUCUAAGCAACAAAAACAAAUUUGAUUCAAAUCCGGUUGCACAUUGUCGUUUACCAGAAUGUAUCUGUUCAACGUUUCCACAUUUCCGUUGCUGUUAAUCGCUUGCUUUCGGGUCACGGCCAUUGGCGAAGAAGACUCGCCGGCCAAAGAAAACGACACGACCGCUUCGGGUGGAUCUCGGUUGGUCUACUCUUACGAUUGGGUGCAAUCGUUGGACCGAGGGUACUUUUCCAAACCGAUCAAGGUGGACCAACGGAAAUCGCAUUCCAGCGUGGCCGAGCUCGUGCGAAAAUCCUACAAAGAGCUGACUUGUAGCUACGCGUUCAGCGUCCUCUUGCACAUGUACCUGACAAGAGUAUUCAUCGUGAACCCGAGCCAACUGCUAAGACUGACCAAAUUCGAAGUGGACGGUGUUCUGUUCAAAGACGAAGCGGCAGCCAUACUGACCAUCGUUCACAAUCACUACGACGACGACGUUGGCAAAAAAGACAUGAUGGAGCUCAUGUGGAUGUUCCAGUUGUACGCCGAAAAGACGGCGGCGUUCGUUUGGUUGCACGUCAUCAAAGGUAAGACUGUCGGCGGAGACUCGUUGCUAAGCACUUGCGAGAUCUUGGUAGAAUUUUUCGAGGUGUUUUUGGAGACCAACUCGUGCGUGGCAUACGACCCCAAGACCCAUCAUCCGACCGACGUCAGACAAUAUUCCAAUAUAGAAAUCGCCAUGGCCCAAGGUGAGACCAGCUCGCGUCUGGCGGCGGUGGACAACAAGAUUCGGUUCAAAGAUCAAACGGCUCAUAACUUGAAACUCGGGCUGAACCUCGAGGGGAGCAACCGAUUUUUCGGGAUCGGUACACUCGUGACUGAACUGCUGGGCAACGGGGUGAUUUUGAACACCCUCAAAGUGGCGUUUGGCUCGCAGCUGAACUGGAAUCUCAUAGUGGGAGAAAUAAAACUCAACUACCUGCUCGGUCAGGACGUCGAGGUCCACUUGCACGUGCGCAUCAAAGCCCUGGUGGCGGUCCUGAAAGACUUCAUCGACUUGCUGAAAGCUAUCGUCAUACGAACGGUCAUCGGGUACAUGUUGUACGUCAAAGACAUAAUUAACCAGCAGUCUUACCUGUCGAUAGGCGUGUUCAUGCUGCGAAAUUGCAGUCAUUACAACGCGAAAAUGGCCGAACACUUGACAGAGUUUGCGCGGCGUUUCCAUCUCACCGACGACCGGUACUUGCGUCCCGUGAUCGAAUCGAUGACCAAACCGACGAGGAAUUUUUACAGUAACAGUCAUAUCGACGGCUGUAUAAACGACAUGUUCGAGUCGCUGAGAAGAAUGUCCUCUGGCGUUAAACAAUUCGGCAAACCGAUGGAAGUCAACGAAGACAGAAAAAGUCUAACCAUAAACGAGGUUAUUAAAAUGGCCAAAGCCCACGGUUUAAAUUAUUCAUCCGACGAAGACAACCGUUACGCUAUACGAGAAAGCCUUUUGAGCGCCGAAGUGUUUGUCGGAUUCGUGAAAACGAUUACAAAUAAAACAGAUUUCAAGGUGAUCAAAUCUUUCGUUCAGCUAGAAGCGUCUGAGAGCUAUAAACGUUUAAAAGAGUUAGAAAAUAUCGAGUUGAACGACCUGGAUCAGCUGGUUAAUCUGAAGUUUUAA